CCCACCGAUCCCAUCCCAUCCCAUCCCACCCGCCGCUCGCCCCACCGCCUCUCGUGCGCCGCGAACGGCCACCACCACGGCACCGCCGCCCCUCCGAUCCCAUCCCUAUCCGAUGCUGCUAUCCGUCUCCCGCUCCACCGACAAGUUCGCCCCUCUCGCCGGCCUUCGCUCGCUGCUCGCCCCCGACCCCGUCGCCGCGGGCGGAGGCGGAGGCGUCGUGACGCGGACGAUGAUCCCCGCGUCGCCGCCGCCGAGCGGCGAGGCCGAUCCGGAGGAGGGCGUCGACGAGGACGAGGGCUGCUGGGUCUCGUACGGCCGACGGGAGCCCGGACGGCGCCGGCUGCCGCUGCCGAUCCCGUCGCUGGCGGGCCGCAGCGGUCUGCGCUGGGCGCGCACCGAGGACAGGAGGCUCGUCAUCAGCAAGGUGCGCGUCAUGCGGCCGGACUACUACGUCCGCGCGCGCCGCGUGCGCGGCGGCCGCCUCCUCAUGCGCCUCGUCGAGCGCGAGGACGACUGCCCCCACGAUCCGCUCCCGGCGCCCAGCGGCGCCGGCGAAGGCGACGCCGGUCAGGCAGACGAAGCUACGGCGGUGCAGGGAGACGUAGUCGAUGACGAGCAGGCGGCUGCGGCACCGGCGACGAUGCCCGCAGCUGGAUGCUUCGAGGACGUGGUUAAGUACCAGUACGGCAUCGGUAGCAGCCCGCUGCACCAGAUGCCCUUGCUAAGGAUGGUUCAUUGAGAUCGAUCGCCAAAGGUGGAAUUUUUUUUAGCUGCUUGCCUUUGAUGGUGCAUUGGGAUCGCCUAGGUGAAUUUUUUGUAGCCGUGUAUACUAAUAGUGGUCAAUAUGCCUCCAAAUUGCAGCAUAGUUUUUUUUAUCACAGAAUUGUUGAUUAAAAAGAAUCAGCCCAUGAAUCAAGUAUGA